AUGGAGUCUGUUGAGCUGGCCAAGUUUUAUCCGCACUAUAGCGAGGCGACUACUGAAUUUUCAAAAUGCAUCAAGUUUGAGAAUGGGUUGCGCUCAGAGAUCAAGAAAACAGUUGGAUACCAGAAGAUCCGUGUCUUUGCUGAUUUGGUUAAUAGUAUCUGGAUCUAUGAGGAGGAUAAUAAUGCUCAUUAUAAGAUUUUCAAUGAGAGGAGAGGUAAGCACCAGCAGAAUCAUGGAAAGCCUUAUGAUGCUCCUGCUGGGAAAGGUAAACUGAAAGUUGCUGAUGGUAAGAGAGCUAGUAGGGGAUAUGCUCCUGCUAGCGUGACCGGGCAUGCAAUAUCUGAGUGCAAGCAUAAGGAGAUGGUUUGUUUCAACUAUAGUGAAGAGGGACACAUUGGUAAUCAGUGUCAAAAAUCGAAGCAGGCACAAGCUGGUGGAAAGGUGUUCGCUUUGGCUGGGACUCAGAAAGCUAAUGAAGACAGAAUUAUCAGAGGUACGUGUUUCAUUAAUAGUACUCCUUUAAUCACUAUUAUUGAUAUUGGUGCUACUGAUUGCUUUACUAGUGCUGAUUGUGUUGAAAUAUUGGGUCUUAUGUUGUCUUCUAUGAAUAGAGAGAUGGUCGUCGAUACUCCAGCUAAGGGAUAG